AUGGCGCGCCCACCUGGCACUGCCACGGACAGCAAGGCGCCCGUAGAAUUCCCGAAAGAUCCCGUAGGCGGCCAAGUAAAGCCCGCGACCAGCGUCCGGCCGCCGCCAGCGUGGCCCAGCCGCGCUGCGCUGCGCCACCUCGCGUUUAGGCGCAGGUUUGUCAACGACCUGGCGAUAGGUGUCGCCGUGACGCCCGACGUCCACAAGGCGCUGCCCGCGCUCGAGGGGCAGUCUUCUUUUGCCCCUGCCGGCGGCGCAGCGGCGCCCUGCGGUGGCAUGUCAUGUCAGCGCUUCGCGAGCGGGCGGCGGCCGGCCGCCCGCGGCCUUCGGGCGGACGCCGGGGCCGCCGCGGCCCCGGGGCCCGUCCGUUUUGCGGCCGCGGCCCACGGGCGCGACGGGCGCGGCGGUGCUGGCGCGCCGCUGUUCUUGCACCGCACCAGUGGACCAGGCCGGGGUGGCGGGUCCCACGAGCCGGGCAUGCGCCUCGGGCCAGGGUGGCGGCACUCUCAGUACGCCGUCGAGCUCAGGCGGCUCGAGACCUCGAGCUUCAUCGACACUUGCGAGGAGCUUAACGAGGUCCCCGUUGGCCUGUGCUUCACCUUGUGCACUACCUUUCUCAUCUGGGCCUUCGCCGUGCCGUUUUUCGACAUCGUGAUCGUCGGCUACCUGAAGACCUUGAGGGUGGUGCCCGAUGAAUCCCAAAGGCCUCAGCUUGGCACAGUGCACGAGCUCACGCCGCGUCUGCGGGAGCCCGACGAAGGUGGGCUCGGGGACCGCCUCAAGGCCGGCAGCCAGGACGGCGGCGGGUUCUCAGCGCAGGCCGUGGGCAGGUCGGGCAGGGCAGCGCGCCUCGCGCUGGCGACGCUGCUGGGGUUCGUGGUCGCCCUGGUCGUCCCCGUGCUGCAGCGGCUGGCCUCCGCGCCGGCGUUCGCACAGCAGCCGCCGGUCGGCCGGCGCGAUGCCGCGCUCGGCGCCCCGCUGGCCACGGCCGCGGCGCUGGGCGCCCUCGCGGGGGCGCCGCGUGGGGCGUCGGCGCAGGCCAAGCAGGUUAUCAACGAGACUGUCCAGGACGCGAGUGCCGUGAUAGAGAGCCUCCAGAACAGGUGGGAGGCCCUCGUCGCCGAGGGCGAGACGGUGCCGGCGGAGGAGGUCACCGAGGACUUCAAGCCCUUCAUCGAGACGGCGCUGACGGUGACGGUGCCCGUGGGCAAGUCCCUGGAUGUGGACGUGGAGGGCCUCAAGCUCUCGGGCGUGCGCAGCAAGAGCCUCGGCUGGAAGAAGGGCGACAGGAUAGUGCUGGUCAAUGGGCAAGAGGUCUUUCGGUUCGACGACGUGCGGGACGAGAUCAAGAAAGCCAAAGACGCGAACAAACCGGUCGUGAUCAAGCUGGAGCGCAGGCAGGAGUCCCCGUUUGCGAGGAUUCGGAAGGCUCUCGAUCUGGUCUACGAGCAGGCCGAUAUUUCUUUGUCAGAGCCAGAGGACGUCUUCGUCAAACUGAACCAGCUGAAGAACAAGGCUGGCCUGGUGUUGGACGGCAUCGGUGACAACAAGGGGCUCCGCAAGAAGCUCGACGAAGUCGGCAAGGACGGCUCGCAGCGUACGUGGCCUCCCUGCAGAAGGAGGAAAAGGUGCCGGAGACAGCCGCGAAGGCCAGCUCGGCGGACUCCGGCGGCGACCUCGACGCACUGUUCCGGUAGAGGGCCGUGCUCCCGCCUGCUGCCGCCCUUCCUUGGUAGCCCUUCCUGGCCCUCCCCUCCUCCUGGCGACCGCGUGCCGCGUCCCCGCGCGCGACCCAGGGUUGUCCGAAGCCGGGCGCCCAGGGCCGCGGGGCAGGCUGCUCAACCGCCGCUCGUCGCGGCAGCCGCGCCCGCGGGUCUCGGCUGCGGCUCCGAGCCUCGGCAAGGCCGACUGGCCUCCGGGUUCCCUUCGGAGCCAUGUCGGCCGCCAAGCGGAUUCCAGAGACCAGCCGGAGGUCGAACGGCCACGCCCAACUUCCCACGCCCCCUGGUCGGAACUGAGCCCCUUCGGCUGCCCGCUCGGCUGCCGCGAGCCGCUGCCCUGCGACGCAGCCGCGCGCCCCGGCGGCCCACGCCCGCCGCGCGCUCCCGCGCAGCGCUCCGGCAGCCCCCUCCUUGGGGCCCCCCGCGGAGGCCGAGGGGGCUCUCGGCCGCUCUGCCGCGGCCCGUCGAGGUAGACCCUCUCUUCUUUCUCUUUCUGCUGCUGCUCUUCUCGCCCCUCCUCCCUCCUGCCAUGAAUCCCUCGCGCUUGUUUUUUUGUCGGACCGGGAGCGCGGCACCACUGUGUGAUCGUCGUGGUGCUCGUCCGAUCUGCCGGAUCAUCUAG